UUAUUUCGGUUACUGUACAGCAUUUCUUGGAAGAAGGCAAUGGAGCGCUACAGCUGCCGCGUCGGCCUUCUGCCCGUGCGACCGUUAUUUCUAUUGUCUCGUUCCUACCAGCUCGUGUACCUUUCAACGUGAGUCCGGUUCGUCUUUCAGUUCGGUUUCGGCAUUCAAAAUGGAUAGAUCUACGAAAGAGAAAUGUACGUGGCAGGAUAGAAAAGGCUCGAGAAGCAGACAUCCGCGAAAUGAACGAAAAAGAUCCGCGGGUUUCAAGGGAACAAAUCGACACGAUAUCGAAACGGAUCUAACGUUUGCGAGCACUUCGGCAGCAAAAUUCUCAAUAAUAGUCCGUUUAGCUAUGUGAUUUAGGAGUUCUUUUUGGUUUUUGGAUUGGGCUUUAAAAUUUGUGUUCAGUGUUCGUGUCCAGAUCCGGCCGAGAUAGAUUCUUGUCCUUUGAUAAAAAAUACUUAUGAAAUCAAUCGUCGUUUCUGCUUUGUCAUGCGAUUGGUCGGCAUCGGCAUAAAUGGCAUUAGAAAUUUUAUCGCCUUGAUUGAUUUAACUGCAAACUUCAAUAAUAACACCAAUUAUGGAAUAGUGAAAAUCCUGCAGAUUUCAGCGAAAUCAAUAUACGAGGCCGUCGUGAAAAAAGCAGGUACCGAAGAGAAGAAAAAAACAUUGGAAGCAGAAAAUCGGGGCGAUAUUCUGACGGUGUCUGGUGAUGGAUCGUGGUCGAAACGCGGUUUCACGUCGCGCAUGGGUAUCGUGUCCGUGAUUGGAAAAUAUACUAACAAAAUUUUGGAUGUUGCUGUCAAAUCAAGCUUCUGCAAGGCUUGUGCAUUCUGGAAAGGACAAGAGGGAACACCCGAGUACGAGGCGUGGUUUGAGACGCAUGGAUCCGAAUGCAACGUCAAUCACGAAGACAGCGCGGGAAAAAUGGAAGUCGACGGUAUAAUCGAAAAAUUCAAGAGAUCAGAAGAAUUGCACAACGCGAAAUACGGUUAUAUACGGUAUAUAGAUACAAAAACAUUCAAUAUGUUAUUAGAAGCCAAGCCGUACGAUGACGAUUUGACGGUAAAAAAAAAAGGAAUGCGUUUUGCACGUGAGCGAGUAUAUAAAAGGGGAAACGAAGCAAGAAAAAGAAUAUUAUGGCUUGGCAGUUUGCGAAAUUUCAAUUCCGUGGAAAAUAUGAGGAAAGCCAUAUGGGCUACAUUUCAUCACAAAAGCUCAACUGAUGAAAAUCCUCAGCAUGAGUAUUGCCCUCCGGGAGAAGAUUCGUGGUGCGGAUGGCGCAAGGCCGAGGCCACAGGAGAGGAGUACACCCAUCCACCAGCACUCGACGAAGACGUACAACAAGUUUUAAAGCCGAUUUACGAUUUACGAUGAUCUAACAACGGAGGAUCUCUUAGAACGAUGUACGGGCGCGAACACUCAAAACAAUAACGAGAGCUUCAAUCACUGUGUGUGGCAACUAGCCCCAAAGCACGUAUUCUGCGGCAAGCAGAUAGUAGAAAUCGCUACGCAGUGUGCUGUGUGCACCUUCAAUGAAGGUUACGACCCAAUUUUAAAAAUUUUUGAGACGAUGGGAUGAUAGGACCGAGCGCCGCAGAUUUCGCCUCUAAGUACAAGAAUGCGCGCAUCACCCAAGCAAACCGCCGGGCGUCCCUGGAUCGCAAAGAGGCGAGGACAGCUCGUCGGACUGAACAAUCCAUUGAGCACGAUCUUUUCGAAGAAGCAGAAGGGAUAUUGUAUGGACCUGGCAUCGCUGAUUGACUGUAAGUAAACGAUUUACCUAAAAUUUCCUCACUUGAUACUUUGAACGCGUUUUUCUCGAAACAGCAUUUUUCAAAACGGUGUCGGAUUUGGAGGGCAGAGUUUUAAAGAUAUCGGGUUGAAUU